ACUUGUGGAUUUCGAUUUUGAAUGAAUGGUAAGCACUGACAGUUUCUCUAGAAAUGAUCAUGAUUGAUAAUUAUACAUGUAACAAGACAGAUGGAGACAAUACAGAUUUCCGGUACUUCAUUUAUGCAGUGACAUACACUGUUAUUCUUGUGCCAGGUCUCAUAGGGAACAUAUUAGCCUUGUGGGUAUUUUAUGGCUAUAUGAAAGAAACCAAAAGAGCUGUGGUAUUUAUGAUAAAUUUAGCCAUUGCUGACUUAUUACAAAUUCUCUCUCUGCCACUGAGGAUAUUUUACUACUUGAACCAUGACUGGCCAUUUGGUCCUGGCCUCUGUAUGUUUUGUUUCUACCUGAAAUAUGUUAAUAUGUAUGCCAGCAUCUACUUCUUGGUCUGUAUCAGUGUGCGAAGAUUUUGGUUUCUCAUGUACCCCUUUCAUUUCAAUGACUGCAAGCAGAAAUAUGACUUAUAUAUCAGCAUUGUCGGAUGGUUGAUCAUCUGCCUUGCCUGCCUACUCUUUCCUCUCCUCAGAACCAAUGAUGAUACUCCAGGCAACAGAACCAAAUGUUUUGUGGAUCUUCCUACCAGGAAUGUCAAUCUGGCCCAAUCUGUUGCCAUGAUAACUAUUGGAGAGGUGGUUGGCUUUGUAACUCCUCUUAUGAUUAUCCUAUACUGUACCUGGAAGACAGCUUUAUCAUUGCGAAAUAGAUAUCCCAUUUCUCAACAUCUUGGAGAGAAAAAGAAAGCCUUGAAGAUGAUUCUGACCUGUGCAGGGGUAUUUCUAAUUUGCUUUGCACCUUAUCACUUCAGCUUUCCUUUAGAUUUCCUGGUUAAGUCCAAUGAAAUUCAGAGCUGCUUAGCCAGGAGAGUGAUUCUAAUAUUUCAUUCUGUGGCCCUGUGUCUGGCAAGUCUGAAUUCCUGCCUUGACCCAGUUAUAUAUUAUUUUACCACUAAUGAAUUCAGAAGACGCCUUUCAAGACAAGAUUUGCCGGGUAGUAUCCAACUCCAUACCAAAUCAUACAAAAUUGUGAGUAACCAUGCCACGUCUACAAUGGCAACUGAACUAUGCUAA